AUGGAGCGCGAGCCGUGUCCGUUUCGCAUUGUAGAAGAUGCAGGUGGAGGUUUUGUGCUCGGUGCCGUGUUUGGUUCUGGCUGGUACACGUUCAAAGGCGCGCGUAACUCGCCGUCUGGUCAGCGAUUUCGAGGUGCUAUCUACAAUGCCAAGAUGCGUACACCUGUUCUAGCAGGCGGCUUUGCAGUUUGGGGUCUACUUUUCUCCUCGUUUGACUGCUCGUUUGAAGCUUUGCGACGAAAAGAGGAUCCGUGGAACUCGAUCCUUGCUGGCGCAGCUACGGGUGGUGCCUUGGCGGCUCGUGCUGGACCACGUGCUGCUGCUGGCCAAGCUCUCAUUGGUGGUGUGCUGUUAGCCGCUAUCGAGGGUGUGAGUAUCAUGGUAAACGAGUGGUUCGCUCCGCAGCCCGAUCAAGGAUUAGGAAGUGACGUGAUGGGCAAUUCAGCGUUAGACGAGCAGAAGCUGGCACCACCUUCGUUUUAA